AUGGCCGCCCGUUCCUCGAACAACCCUGCCAAAAACACGCGUGGGUUGUGCACUCAGGCCCGCCGACAUGCUCUACUGUCAGGUGCGUCACAAUUUCAUGCAUGCUGGAGAAUAGUUUGUUGCACAAUUUCCUCGGUGGUGGCUGCUCAGGGUCUAGCCACUGACAGCGCAUAUCUCGCCGUGGUGGUGCCCGCACGUAGCGUAGAAAGGCGUGAGGCGCAUGGGCGUGUGCAUGCGGGACGAGUGGUGGCGCACUGCCCUGAUAGUGUACGUCGCCCCUCCACUCCCAGCCUUGCUCCAAUGGCUGUUGUGGAAAGAGCUCUCCGCAACCACUGUACUCUCUUAGGUAUCCUGGCUGGUAUGAGUGUAGUGGAUAUGGCUGAUAGUGUGAAGGAUGAUGAGGCGGUGGCGGGUGUGGCGCAGCAGCACGAUGCUGGGCGCCUACACCGCACGCAGGUUGCGGUGACAUCUUCAGCCCAUAGGAAGCGAGGUGCGCAUGGUUGGUCUCUAGAAACGCAUUCAUGGCGGGGGUGGCCGACGCCGGCGCAUAGCCCCAUUCGCCCGCCACCAUCCACGCGGCGGGUUCUCCCCGCUGGUGACGUUGCUGCAAAACCGCGCCGUUACCGACGCCCACCGAUGCUCUAA